AUGGAGAUGGCCUCUUCCUCCGCGCCGACCACGUCCUACUACAACGUGUCCGUGGCGCGGGCGGUGCUGACGCUCUCCAUCAACGCCAUCCUCCUCUGGCUCACCACCGUCAUCAAGUCCUCCUCCUCCGGCGGCCGCCGCCGCGAGGCCGCCACCGCACCACCAUCGCCGUCGUCCCCGGCUAAGCCCGCUGCCGCCGCCGUGGACAUGGACGUGGUGCUCGGGCUGAUGGGCGCGGUGUCCGUCGGGUUCGAGGAGGCGGCGGCGCUGUUCGAGGAGGAAGAGGCGACCGUGGAGGAGGCCCGGGAGGCGUUCGCGGUCUUCGACCGCAACGGCGACGGUUUCAUCGACGCCGCGGAGCUCCGGAGCGUGCUCACGUCGCUCGGGCUCCAGGCCGGCGUCGCCGAAGCGGAGUGCCAGCGCAUGAUCGAUGCGUAUGACGGGGAUAUGGAUGGCAGGAUCGACUUCCUCGAGUUCGUCAAGCUCAUGGAGACGAGCCACUGA